AUGGAAGUUCUCGAUGCGAAAGGUCUCUCUGAGCGCCUGAGAUGGGAAGACAAUGAGUACUGGCUGCACCUCGAGGCUGAGACUCCGUUUGAGAAGUAUCCCGCAAAACAACAUGCGCGGAGGGUGCAAGAGAAGUUGGGUGUUGAAGAAGGCCUGAUCUACCUACCGGGUCAACCAGCGAGGAACAACGAAGAUAGCGAUAUGCCAGCACCCUUCCGACAACGCCGAUAUUUCUAUUACUUGAGCGGAUGCAAUGAACCUGACUGCCAUCUGACUUACGACACGCGACGCGACGAACUGUCCUUGUUCAUUCCCCGCAUCAAGCCUGAGCGCGUUAUCUGGUACGGCCGUGGCUCCACCCUAGCAGAGGCACUCCUGAAAUACGAUGUCGAUCAAGUUUUCUACGCAGAUGAGCUUGAGUACGCCGUGCAAGGAUGGGCGAUCGGUAACCGACAGGCUGGCAUCUACGUCCUGCACCCGUCAUCGCAAUUCCCCGGCUGCGACAAUCUGAAGCCCCGUAUUGAUUCGAUAGCCCUCCGAUCAGCCAUGAACGUAUGUCGCAUGAUCAAGGAUGAUCACGAGAUCAAGCUUAUUCGGAAAGCGAACGACAUCAGCUCGCAAGCGCACCGAGAAAUCCUUGCUAACAUCACGAACUUCAAGAACGAGGCACAGGUUGAGGGAUUGUUCAUGGAUGUAUGCAUAUCGCAGCAAGCGAAGCAACAGGCCUACGAUCCCAUCGCUGCUUCCGGACCGAACGCCGGAACUCUUCACUAUGCCGCGAACGAUGAAGAUCUCGCGGGUCGUCAACUCAUGUGUUUAGAUGCAGGAUGCGAGUAUGAGCUCUAUGCAAGUGACAUUACCCGUACUUUCCCGCUAUCUACUUUUUGGCCAAGCAAAGAAGCCGAGAACAUCUACAAGCUGGUCCAGCGUAUGCAGGAAACAUGUAUCAAACGCCUAGAGCCCGGCGUAAGAUAUCUGGAUUUGCACGUUAUGGCGCAUCAGAUCGCAAUCGACGGAUUGCUGCAACUGGGAAUUCUUCACCAUGGAACGAAAGAAGAAAUCUACAAGGCAGGUACAAGUAGAGCAUUCUUUCCCCAUGGUCUUGGACAUCACAUAGGCCUUGAAGUGCAUGACGUGGGUCAGGCACAACUCAUGAGUGUAAGAAGAGGAAAGCCAGUGUACCAGCAGGCACCAUCCCUUUACCCACAGGAUUUCCAUGUCCCGGUAUAUGAUUCUGAGACUUGCCUCGCGCCCAGCGAUCCCCAGAGCAGUCAUCUCGAAGAAGGCAUGGUUGUCACUGUCGAGCCUGGCAUCUACUUUUCCGCAUACGCUCUACAACAUUUCUAUCUCCCAUCACCCGUUCACUCCAAGUACAUCAAUACUGAGGUUUUGAAGCGCUACAUGCCCGUGGGCGGUGUACGCAUAGAAGACGACAUUCUCAUCACCUCCUCUGGUUACGAGAACUUGACUACAGCCCCAAAAGGCGACGCAAUGCUUGAAGUCAUCCGGCACGGAAAGAAAAGUGCUGUGGACGUGCCGAGUUCCGACUUCACUCCACUACGAAGACCGAGCGGUCCCGUUGAGCCAACUCUGCGACGCGCGCCCGGCAUUUCUACACAUACACCAUCACAACACUUACAGAAGCCACUCGCCAGAGCGGCAACCCUUCCCGCAGACUUCGUUCAGCAACGCAACUCAGACUUCGCGCCUUUUGCAGGGCCCUCGCUCUUCUCGAACUUCUCACGCUCAAUGACCACGGAAGAAAAGAUCCAGCAGUGGCAGCAUAAGCGUAGCCCAGUACCGAUCGCGCCCGUCCCCUCGGUCAACGCGAAGCAACCGAAUCCUGUCUGUGGCGAGAUGGAUCCGAACUUCCAGCAUGUUUACAUGAGCAACGCUUCUAGUCCGGCGUUCUCAUCACAAUCGACUCCGCAAUUCGACAGUACACCUCCGUGCCAGAAUUGCGCAAUCCUGGUACAGACGCUGGAUCGGCUGCGUCAAAACCUCACAUCCUCUAUUCGGAGCUCUUCAAAGCCUGAAGUGAAGGCUACUUCGGAAGCCGAUCUGAAGAGCAAGAGCACCAAGCGAAUCAAGUCAAUCCUGUCCCACCAUACCAUCAAAACCGCACAGCCACUGGAAUACCUGGGAGAUUUAGGCGUCGCACUCAUAGGAAACUUCCCGACCCUGUACCGUCUCCGCAAGCUCUAG